AUGGGAUAUACACUAGCAGAAGGUUAUCCCCCCUUCUCAUCCCUAAUAUUUGCCUCCACCACCCUUGUUUCUCUGGCCACAUCAUUAAUAGUCCGCCCAAGUCCAUAUCGGUGGAUCUUCUGGGUAAUAAUCGUCGUCGGGAACACCUAUCUCGCCUUCACAACUACACACCACCCCGUCGCUGACUAUUUUCUCGGAUCCGUCUACGGUGGAUCCAUUCUACUGGGAUCCGACUACAUCCUCCUCACCGAACCUCAGAAGGAGCUACGGCUGAAAGGUCACAAGGACGCAGUGGAUUCUGCUCCUCUCCCCGAGAAAUUCCGAUGGGGGAUCAGACUGUGGUCUAGCCUUCGUGGGGUCGGCUGGACACACGCGCCAAAUCGGCUCUGUGCGCCGGCGUCACCUGAGCGUACGCGAUUGGUAUUCAUUCGAUGGCGCUUAUUGGUUGUGGGCAUGAAUGUAUUCCUGCUUGACGCGAUGUCCAUUUAUAACCGCGACAAUCCUGCGUUUCUGAGCGAUGGGAUAUCGAUGGCUGAUAGGCCUUGGCUCCUGCGCUACGUGGAUCUCUUAGCCUGGGUAUGGACAUCACAGGCCCAGAUGCGGAUACUGCAUGGAGUUGACCCGUUUGGGUCUUCGUUCGACGCGUAUACACUGAGACGGUUCUGGGGACGCACCUGGCACCAGUUCGUAAAUCGGUUCGCUUCGUCUCAUGGGAAAUAUCUUGCGCGACAGGUUUUCCAUUAUCCUCCCGGCACAGUGGCAUCGUCCCUGAUACAGCUUUAUACCUCCUUCGCCAUGUCGAUCUUCCUCCAUAUGGUCGCGGAUUUUACGAUGUUCAAACGCUGGAACGUUGGCGGAAGCUUGUUCUUCUUCGCUAUUCAGCCGUUCGCUAUCAUGUUUGAGACAGUUGUCAUGAUGCUUGCUCGGAAGCUUGGUCAUAGCGGAGAACCAAGGAUAUGGGCGCGUCUGGUAGGAUACAUAUGGGUAUUGACAUGGUUUGUGUUGACAUUUCCUGGGUGGUUCGAUCCGAUGGCUCGAGUUCGGUUCAUGGAGAUCGGACUGAAUAUGCCAUUUAGUAUUAUUCUGGGGUCAUGGAAGGGCGAGUGGUGGCAAGGAGACGUCACACUGUUCCGAGCUGCUUCCUCCCGUCGACUCGUGGGGAAUCACUUGCCUGCGUUUAUUCUCGGGAUUGAACUUAUUAAUAAUGGUGCUCCGCCUACAAGUAAGCGACACGUUGGAUGCUCGAUCUCCUCUCAAGCGCAAUAA